GACGUUGUUGGCCAAAGCAAAAUAUAAAAAGGGAGACUUUUCAGUUUGGGAGCAGGACCUGUCUUCGUCAGAGCGCGAAAGGGUUGCUGGCCGAAGUCAUGUCGAAUAGAUACUCCAAGACACUCACUGUUUGGCAGUGGCAAAAGUGGUUUCGAGAAAGAUGGCGCUUCACGAAUGGCUUCAGAGGGAUGAUUCGCGUGUUCUCCAGGUUUGGUCUGCCUGACUCUCACUGGAAGAUUGGAAGGCUUGUUGGUCAGGAUAAGCUCGGCAAUAGAUAUUACGAGAACAAUAAUUACGUCUUCGGCAAACACCGGUGGGUGGAUUACGGUCGUGAACUCGGUUCAGAUCCAUCGAUGAUUACAUCAGAAUGGCAUGGCUGGGUGCAUUGCAUGACUGAUGUGCCACCAACAGAACGAAUGCUUCCCCGCCAGCUACCUCUGGAACGCCAUUCCGAGGAGAACAUGACCGGAAGUCCGUGGCAGUAUGUACCGUACACGACUACAAGGCCGAAGGUCGAGUCCUGGCAGCCGCCGCGUGCCUCCUAUCGCCGCUAGCUGUUUGCGUCACGCGUACGUUCACGAUAACACCCGCACGGCCAGGCCGACGGUCGAGUUCUGGCAGGUGCCGCAUGCCUUCGAUCACCAGUAGCUGUUCGAGUUCAGGAGCACACUCCUAUGGAUGGACAGUGUAUGUUCAGUAUCCGUGUUCACGAUGUACCUGUAAUGCCGGUGUGUUCUAGCCACACGCUUUUUUCUUCUCGUCUCUGGUCUGGAUAUUGUGACAAUCACAUCUCUUGUUAGCAUGUCAUGUCUUUCUACAACUUAUUCAUAUCUCUUACUUUACUCCUCUUGCAUGCCUCACUAAUUUCCCAAUUCAAUAUUCUUUUUUUACUCCCAUGUUUUACUGCCAUUUUAGCCCUCCCAUACUCCUCAUGCAGCUGCUUAAUUUACUGUUUAAUUUAUAUAUAUUUAGCAGAUUAUGUAUGCUAGUAGUCACAUGCGUGUUGCGUGUACCUUGAAUUUGGCUGGGCCCUUUUAAAUGCCGACAGCCCUUUUAAAUACCGCAUUUCAUCAUUUUCAUGUAGCUGUCAGAAACUGUGCUUCCAAUUGCAUUUCCAUGUUUUAUUGUACUUUGUAGGACUGUUUCAAUCGAUGCUUACCCCAGUUUCGUUCAAUGGCUUUCCUUCAAGCUGGCUUAUUUGCUACUGUAGUACAUUGUACAUGGUAUUGUAUUAGAUAAACCUUGGAUGGUUGUAGUAUA